UUGCUGGUUGUGCCAUUUAAACCCAGCCUGGCUUCAAAGGAGGCAGACUAUCUGUGGAUUACACCUGGCAUAGGGAUUGCAGAGCAUUGUACCAGGAGUGGGGAGCAGUGAGGACCCCCCAAGUCAUGCAGUACCAGCAGCACCCAAGCUCCUCUGGCAUGGGUCUCAGUGUGCCCUUGUAUGCACCCACCCCACUGCAGCCUGUCCACCCUACACCUUUCUACAUUGACGAUAUUCUUGGAAGGAAUGCAGCUUCUAAUGGGGCACCGGCUGUGCCCACCCCAACUCUGCCAUCUCCCAACUCUUCAUUCACCAGCUUGGUGACCACAUACAGGACUCCAGUCUACGAGCCCACCCCGAUCCACCCAGCUUUUACCCACCCUGCAGCCCUGGCAGCGUCUUAUGGAACUAGCACCUUUCAGAACCCUCUGUACCAUUUCUCCAGACCAAUGAGUGAAUAUACCCAUGCCCUCAUCAGGCACGACUCACUCGGGAAACCUCUCCUUUGGAGCCCAUUCAUACAGCGACCACUUCAUAAGAGGAAAGGGGGACAAGUGCGGUUCUCAAACGAUCAGACAAUUGAGCUGGAGAAAAAGUUUGAGACACAGAAAUAUUUGUCUCCCCCAGAGAGGAAAAGGUUGGCCAAGAUGCUGCAGCUCAGUGAGAGACAGGUGAAAACUUGGUUCCAGAACAGAAGAGCCAAAUGGAGGCGCCUGAAGCAGGAGAACCCCCAGGGAAAUAAGAAAGAAGAAACCGAAAGUCUAGAAAACGACUGCGAGGAGGGUCAGGAAAACUGUUUAAGUCUUGAGCAGAAAAAUAAAGACUCUUCUCUGGACGGGUCUCAGUGUUCACCCUCCCCCAAUUCCCAGGAGAAUAUGGACACAGACAUCUCAGAGGAUUCUGACGAAGAGGUGGAUAUUGAAGGCGACAAAGGGUUCUACAAGUGUUCCCACUGAUACGGGUCCCGUAAGGUGGGACCUUGUAAUACUCAGCUUGCACUUUAACAGAAGCCGGACUCUGUAGACUCAAGUCUAACCAUAGGGUGCGAUGACACAGAUGGUGCCUUAGCUGCAGUGUGUGUACUGAUCUAUCAUCAGGGGUCAAGUCUUGGGAAAAAUGUGGGAACUCACCCAAGAUUUCCACUAAAGGACUGGUCCUGCUGGACUUCUGGUAAUGGGAACGGUGUUCCUGCUCUGGAAAAAGUGCAGGAAGCCAGUUCCCAUGUGUUCCUGCAGGACUUGAGCCCUGUCUAUCAUGUUAUGGACUCUCUUUCUUGACAGAUUGAGAUUUUAAUUUAAGAUUGUAUAUUAUAUUUCAUCUGUAAAUAUUCAUGAAGUGCCUGCAGACUAGGGCGAGGUUUUAGAGGGAUACCAGGACCGAUCCCAUGCUCCUGGCACAUGUCUUAAACUAGGACUAGGCAUUGGGUAGGAGAACGGGUCCUGCAGCGUUUUCCUAUCUGGCUUGAAACGUUUCGAGUAUAAAAUUAGAAUAAAAGCUUGGUGACAUCUGGUGCAUUUUUGCACCAGUUCUGGCAUCAGUUAAAGGGGUACUCCGCUGGCAAACAUUUUUCCUUAAAUCAACUGGUGCCAGAAAGUUAUACAGAUUUGUAAAUCACUUAUAUUAAAAAAUCUUACUCCUUCCAGUACAGAGGAAGUUCUUUUUUUUUUUAUUAUUUACUUUCUGCCUGACCACAGUGCUCUCUGCUGACACCUCUGGCCAUUUUAGGAACUGUCCAGAGUAGAAGCAAACCACCAUAGGAAACCUCUCCUGCUCUGGACAGUUCCUGACACGGACAGAGGUGUCAGCAGAGAGCACUUGUGGUCAGACAGAAAGGAAAUUCAAAAAGAAAAGAACUUCCUCUGUAGUAUACAGCAGCUGAUAAGUACU